UUUCGUAGAUUUUAUUUACACGAAGGAGGAAAGCUUGAAAUGGCUUGGGAUUCUGUGGAAAUUGGACUUGCAGGAGGCGAAGAAACAGUAAAUUUUGGUCCUAGGAAUGAGACAGGGUCGUCUUUAUAUCAAGUUGACACUCUAGCAAGCAUUUCGCCCAGUGAAAAGGUACAAGGGCUUCCACUCAUCUACAGUGCCAGCUCACAAGAUGGAUUCUGUAUGGCUUUGUCAAAGCAAGUGCUGCUGUUUAACUCAAGCUGUACAGUUCACCAUGCUACACUAAACUUUGAUUCAGAUGUUGAUAGAGUAGCUCUCAGUCACUAUUCAACAUUCGCAGCCAUUGGUGAUCGGUGUGGAAACUUGAACUUCCUACAUGUAGCAACAAAGCAGAUUCUAUUCUCACAGCAACUUGUCCAGCCAUUGGACAAUAAUGGUUUGAUAUUCCUGGAUAUCACAUUUACACCUCCCAGCAAUGACAAUGGAACAGAGAGUCUUGUUAUCUUGACAUCCUCAGGAUUAUUGUUUGAAUUUUCCUGCUUAAAACUUGAGGAGUUUCAGGAAGCUGUCAAUUCCCAGGACUUUGAACAAGUCAAACAGUUAAAGCAGUCAAUUGUCACCAAAUGUAGCAGUGUUGAAGGUGGACAUGAUGAAGUAUUGACUGGACUUGCAACAUUGGCUCAUGAUGGRUCAAAUGAAUUUAUCACUUAUGGAAAGAGUUCCAGUUUGGCUYUCUGGGGAACUAAUCCAUUUGAUGUGAAAGGCGGUGGUGAUAUUGUCUUGCUUGACAAAAUAGAGUCCUUGAUGCUAGGGUCAGAGGUGAUCAAAGCUUGUCCAACCAGUGAUAACAACUUUCUUGUUGUGUUGGAUGAACAGCACAUGUUAAGCCUAUGGGAUAUAUCAUCACUGACAAUGGUUGCCUUUUGGCAUUUCCUUGCGGUUGAUGACUUUCUUUUGGUCAGCACUAGUGAUGUUAAAACCAACACAGCCAGUUCUGAAGAGGAGCACAAGAUUAUUAUUUUAACUAAACCAGCAAACUCUCAGGAAAAGCGUUUUCUUCAAGUGUACACCCUACCAACAAUGAAACAGACUUACUCCUUACAGGUCUCCAACACAUGCUUCCUUGCUCACAUUACAAGCAAUCAGGAAACCAUCUAUUUUACRGAGGCAGUGCAAAAAUUUGAUGAUGAUAAUGAAGACGACACUGUGACACUGAGGAUUAGAUGUCUAACUGAAGCUUUGCCAGAAAAUAGGUUUUACAGACUUUUACACAAACAUCAGUUUGAUGCUGCAGAGAAAUUUGCCAAGCAAUUCAAAUUAGACACUGAG